UGGGGACUUUAGAUACAUACAUUAGCAGCUCCCUACGGGAGGGCGAUCGAUUCUACAACUGACAGAAAUUUACACACGUUCAGUAGAAGAGACCUUAUAUUCCUUUAGCUUAUCUGCAAUUGUUGGACAGCAAUCAAAAUGCCCGUCGUUCCAUCCCUCAAAGACUCAACCUUCGACACCGACAUCCGCGAUCGACCCCACGGCAACCCAGAAAAAUGGCGCUAUGAAAUGUGGUUCUAUAACGAGGAUCGGUUCGUCUAUGCCAUCCACGGCGGGCCCAUGGCCGGCCGUAAGAAUUUCCAAGCAGCCACGUACCAAUGCAUCCGGCCCGGCGAGCUAUGGCAGUGCAACUGGCUGGAAGAGACGGGGACCAUCUGCUCGCUUGUAUAUGAUAUCCCCAGAAAGCGCAUCACUACGAUGAUGGGAUUCUCCAAAGGACACUGGGAGAAUGCCGAGGCUGCGCAUGGGGACAAGCGGAAUGCGGAGGACUUGGCGCGGUGGAGGGGUCUGGCGAAGAUUGGGAUUCAGACGGAUCGCAAGCUCAUAAGUGAGCAGGCGGAGAUUGUGGAGGAUUUCCGCGGACCUGGUAAUUUGGAGCCGAUUGACAUGGACUGGCCGACACUGUAGGCGGCAGCCAAACGCUGAGGAGCAUUGGCCGAGUUCACUGGGUUAAGAUGGUUGUGGAAUAUAUGGUCGAUCUUGAAGAUAUCGGAAUGUGUAGAAAGGGUGGAUUCUAAUAUAUCGCAACGUUUUGAGUACAAUUGUAACCAGAGGGGUUCCCUCCCUUGUCAUGUUAUCAA